AUGUCAAAUAAAGAACAACUAUUCGUUAUCACCUCACCAUUAUCUCUAGAUUGUGAGUAUGAACUUGAUCGCAAUCAAGAAUAUGAAUUGGGAUUAAAGUAUCACGUACCCUACAACGGCCCUGUCUUCCAUCGACCUCUACCACCUACCAAUUGCCGACCACCAACCAACCCAUCCAGCUAUAUCCCACCCCAUCGCCGACCUACCUACAACACAGCCUACCAAUCAAGAGCCUCUGCUUUCAACUUUUCCAUUUCCAAAUUGUGUCUACGUUCUCCAGCGUUUUUAGCAUCAGCUGCUUUCUUAUCAUUAACAGCUUUUACUGCAGCUGCUCUAUUUUCGUUGGCAGCUUUUACUGCGACAGCUGUACCACCAGUUUUUGCACCCGCCGCGGUAAGACCAGCAAAUAUCAAAGGUAGGAAAGGUAAAAAUUCACCUUCGCGUCAAUUCUUUGUAUGUCUCUGA